AUGGAAGAGCUCACCGCUUUCGUGUCUAAGUCUUUCGAUCAGAAAGUGAAGGAGAAGAAGGAAGUGAUAACCUACAGAGAGGUGUUGGAGACCGGGUCGACGCGAGCAGGGAGCAGGGAGUCUUUAUCCGCGGAGCCGGGGAGCCGAGAGGAGGCGGCAGCCGUCACCCGGAACGUUGCGCUCUCGCCGGGCAGGGAAACGGACAUGCUCGGCCCGGAGAGAAUCAGGGACGCCGGGAGCCCCAAACUCAUUGACGGCAACACGGACGUCAAAGAAAGGAAAGAGGACUCGAAGCCUAUAGAGGACGAGGCACAGACUAAAAUCAAACAGAGGAGAAGUCGGACUAACUUCACAUUAGAGCAGCUCAACGAGCUGGAGCGGCUCUUCGACGAGACCCACUACCCGGACGCCUUCAUGCGGGAGGAGCUCAGCCAGCGACUGGGACUGUCGGAGGCCCGAGUGCAGGUUUGGUUCCAGAAUAGAAGAGCCAAAUGCAGAAAGCAGGAGAACCAGUUACAUAAAGGAGUCCUGAUUGGAGCAGCGAAUCAGUUUGAAGCUUGUCGUGUAGCGCCAUAUGUCAACGUGGGGGCUUUGCGGAUGCCAUUCCAACAGGAUAGUCAUUGCAACGUACCGCCCUUCUCCUUUCAGGUGCAGGCGCAACUGCAGCUGGAUAGCGCCGUGGCCCACGCGCAGCACCACCUGCACUCUCACCUGGCAGCGCACGCGCCCUACAUGAUGUUCCCCGCGCCGCCGUUCGGGCUGCCGCUGGCGACGCUCGCUGCCGAGUCCGCCUCCGCCGCCUCGGUUGUCGCCGCCGCCGCCGCCGCCAAGAACACCAGCAAGAACUCCAGCAUCGCCGACCUGAGACUGAAGGCCAAAAAGCACGCGGCCGCGCUGGGACUGUGACGCCAGGUAGACGAGAGGGCACGAGGCGUGCACGCUCUGUCUGCCGUGCUCUCGCGACUGAGAGACACUGAACACAAACGCUUACAAAGUGAAAAAACCCAAGGACUAAAGUGAGAAAAAAUUAUCCACGGACGAUAUUUAUGUUUUGGUUUUUGUUUUUUAAAUGAAGGACGACGAGUAUAACUAUAAAAAAUAUAGGCUAUUUAUGAGAUAAAGAAAAGACAAUGAAAAAAAAGAGACUGUGACGUGAUAGCCUACACAGAUGUGAUUUUUUGGACGCCAAAAAAACAAAACAAAAAAAACAGAGUGGCGGAUGGGAUGAGUCCUUCUCUGCAGCCACAUGGCCGAGGAGGGCGACUGGACGCCCCGAGGAGGAUGCAGCUGGGACGGUCGAUACUUUGUCAAACAAGGCGAACCAUUCUGCAGUUGUUUUGUUCUGUUUUAAUAUUAUAUUAUUAUUGUUAUGAUUUCAUUUUGAACCUAUAUAGAGGCUGGCCUCGUUAUAAAAACACGUUCUCUGUUAAAAAAGGACAGAGCGGGAAUUCUUUGACAAAACGGAGAAGAAGAA